AUUCGCUUUUCGUCCUCUCAUUUUUGUAAACAACACCCCCGCCACGAGAAGGCAAUGAGUAGGACUUCUUUGGCAGAGGCUGUAUACGCGUGGCCGUGUGAGAGUAUUUCGAGAGGGAGAGCGGACUCUCCCCACUCUCGGCCGUACCAGGGCAUUCGGGGGAGUAACGUCUACGCAUAGCAACCGCUAAUAAAUCCCGACUGUUUGUUCAAUCUUAUUUGUAAUCGAAACUCUCGAUGUUUCAAAUCAAUGAACUUGUUCAUUAUUGGUUGAAAAGCUUUGAAGAUACACUAAUUUAUUUUACCGUAAAUGUUAAAAAAAUACAUUGCUCCAUGCUUGUUCCGUAUACAUUCAUGCCUUCAAUCCUGUCCAAUUUUAAUGUUCUACUUUCGUCGAUCACAUACUACUGAUGCUUUUUUGUAGCUCCUUUUCUUUUAUCCACUAAGUAGUGUUUAAAGUUAGUUAUUACUGCACUUUAACUAAAAGGUAGUAUGUCAGUUGAAAUAGCUAAAACACUUUCUCACAGUUCCAUAAUAUAAAUUGUUGAUAGUUUGUAUUGUAUCUAAAUUUCUGUAGAAAAAUGAACGUAAUAAAUUGUCCCAUAAUGGCCUCUCAGCAUUGGAUGAAAACAUAUCUGACGGAAUGUCUAGUUCUUCUUCACAUAAUCAAUUGCCCGGAUCUAUUCGACCCCCUGAAAGACGCUACUGGAUGCAAGAUGAAAAUUGCAAAUUUUGUUUUGAAUGCGGUACACGUUUUACUGCCAUCCGCCGUAAACAUCAUUGCCGUGUUUGUGGGAGGAUAUUUUGUAAUCAGUGCAGUAAUAAGAUUGUUGAAGGGACACAAAUUGGACUUGAUGGUCUUCAACGAGCUUGCAGUUAUUGUGCUGAAACACUAAUUAGUACUAAUACCAAUAAACCAGAACAUUCAUUGGACAAAAGUUCUGUCAGAUCGCUAAAUACAGACAAUAUUCAUGGUUUGAAGAAAAAAAUAAGCUUGACAGAAAAAUCCCAGAGAAACAAUAACCGACCAAAGUCUGUUCCAUCUCAUUUUAGUCAUCUUUCCAAUCUCAAUAUACGCAUGAGUACUGGUUUGUUGAAUAUAUCCAAUUCAAAAGCAUUGCUUACUCCACCUUCAUAUUUGAACAGAACGGCUGUAGAUUUAGUUAGCCCAAACAAUUCUACUUCUACCAGUUCAGCAGAUGGAUGCAGAGACUUGUUUCCUACAUUUUUCUCGGCAACCUUCCCAAACGGUAAUGAUACAUCUCUGUCAAUGGAUUCUAUUGGACAAACAAUGCGCACCAUUGAAUCUAAUACAUUUGGUGUAAUUCGUCGAACACCGCGCAUAAGUCAAGGUCCAGUUUUAAAUGAAUCGUUGAAUAUAGAUAUUGGCAGUGCUCCAUUCAAAAAAAUUUCUUCAUCUCAUUCGUUUGAAUGUUUACCAAGCAGUGCAUCGCAGUCAUUAUUCAAUUCAUCAUCAGGUCAAGAUAUACUUUAUUUAUGGUCAAGACUUUGGGCUAAUUCACCGAAGGAUCUUGAUUUUUCAACUAUCAGUAUUUCACAGUUGACUGCAUCGUCAACUCGACCAUUAAGUCGUGUGCAUAGCCAUUCAAAUGAAAAUUUAACGAAAGACAACAGUUCAUGCAAAUCGCUACAAUUAUUUAGAUUAAAAAACGAAAAUGAAGAGUACUACUGUACUUAUGGCCUAGCACUAGUUUAUUGGUUAGUCAAUAAUAUACCGGGUUUGGAACGUUGUAGGUUAGUUUUUUUUUGAAAGAUUGCUUGCCUUCAAUCCAGGUUGUACUUAUAUAACUUGGCGGUAUGCUUGAAGUUUUGUUGGGCACUAUGAAAAAACUAUACAGUCUUCGAGAAAGUGGCAUAAAAUUGCCUAUAUAUAUGGGAAUUGGUUUAACAAAAUGCAAAUGACAGCUAUUGUACAAAUAAUUAUUGAAAAGGCAGUGUAAGUCACUAACCAAGCUUUAAACCUUAGUUAAUUAAGCCUGUUGGUGGUAAUACCCUUACCAAAAAACCGAUAGUGUAUUUCAUAAUGAUCCAUUGAUUGAAAGUAAAUUACCUUAAAUGGAUGAGCUAUUUACCAGAUCAUAAUUGGAAUGAGAGAGAUAGGAUCAUAGAUUUAAGUGUUUCAUUAACAAUUAGUCGUUUACAAUUAGUGAACCUUAUGUCAAGCUGGAACUUUUUCAGUUAACGGGAGAGUCCGCUCUCACUCUCGAAAUGCUCUCACAUGGCCACGCGUAUAUAGCCUCUACCAGGGAAGUCCUACUCACUGCCUUCUCGUGGCGGGGGUGUUGUUUACGAAAAUGAGAGGACGAAAAGCGAAUGUCCGGCGCUUUAACCGUAUUCCAAACCAAUGGUGCACAUGGGCUCCAGUAUCCUGCGGGGAAAAAUGGCGUGCGAACCAAUUGUUGGUCACCGGCUUCCAUGGGUCUGCAUCUCCUUACGAUGCUCCACUGCCUUGUGGGUUAGACCUUCAGGUUGAAGGCUCGGGGAGUGGCCCCCUAAGAAAACCACCUGCUUCGGUCCGGGCACCCAGACAGUAUCACAGCCCUCACACAUAUCGAAUGAGAUUUGUGUGGCUCAUAUGUAUUUGGUGCCUCCUUGUACGAAUGUCUAUGUGUUAAAAUAAAUAAAUAAUGAAGUUUACGGGAUUGAUAUUAGAUCACGGUCGAUAAUUGGAAGAGUGUUUAAAGCCAUCCCUCACUUCAAAUGUACCUUUUUGUACUUUUUUUCCUAUGAAUUAAUUCUGUUACAGAAUGAAAGGGCGACUGGUCUGCCAAAAAUUUAUCGACCUUGGUUUACUAACUGAUCUACAAAAUCCUAACUGUAAACAGUUUUAUGACAACUUUACAUUUUAUAAAUUAAAACAGAUUGAUUCAAAUAGUCGAUUAUAUCAUCAAACUAAUUCAAGAAGAAAAACUGUGGAUUUUACUUCAUUUUAUAAUAAUUUUAAUGUCAACUCAACUUCUACUAAUAGUACUGCUUAUUCAAGUAUACUUGGGAUUCAUGAACCAAAUUGGUUAUUAGAGAUUAAUAGUUCUGAGAAUGAGAUUUCUAGAUCUUCUUCACCUUGCUUGAUGGCAAGCUCCAAUGAUUUCAUAUCAAAACCACCUGGGGUUCGAUCCAGUUUUGAAGUUGGAAAAGAUGUUAGUAGAAUGCGAGAUUGUAGUCUUGAAUCUCUUGGUUCAACACAAAAAUGGAAAUAUACAACACAACCAACAUUAAAUAACCAGCAGCACUCAGUUGAUCUUUCAGUACAGCUAAAUACUAGCUUAUUGAUAAAUACUGAUGAAUACAUAUGUAACAUGAAGAAUAUCUUUGAUAAACAUAUAUAUCAGUUGGUUUUACAAGAUGUACGAGAUAAUGUCUUAGAUUCUAGCUGGGCAUCAAUUCUAAUUCGUUUGGCAUGGAAUGUUUGUCAAACGGUGCACUUUGAUUUACGAUCAACUGGUUUACGUUAUUUUCAAUUUAAUCGACAACAGAAGCAACAAUCUCAGUCAAAUAAUGAAACUGUAAAAAGUAAUGACGUACAGAAAUCUGUUAUAAAUUCUAAUACUGUCCAUAAACAACAAGUUUACUCACCAAUGGAUAUUCGAUAUUAUGUACAUAUUAAAAAACUAUUGGAUGAAGAUAACAAAAAUUCAGACUUGUUCCCUGGUCUUAUUAUCUCUAAACGUCCAACCCACAAAUUAAUGCCAACUGUUUUAAAUAAUCCACGCAUUCUUCUAUUGGAUUCAUCUAUAAAUUAUCAACGUACUACUUCUAAAAUGACGUGGUUAGAAUCUCAGAUUAUGCAAGAAGAAGAAUACAUAACCAAUUGUGUUUGUAAAAUUCUCUGUCUACAUCCCAAUAUUAUAUUCGUCAGUGGGACUGUUUGUUAUUUAGCACAGAAUUUUAUUUUCAAAGCAGGAAUCGUUUUAUUUUCCAAUGUAAAACAGGUAAGCGUCAAUUUUUAAAUUUUUUAGCAAUCUCAGUCAGAAAAGAGUGCUUAUGAUAAUAAGUUUUCCAAGGCUACAUUUCUCACAAAUGAUAAUUUGUUAAUAAUCAUUUAAACAACUACUUGUUUUCGAUAAUUUCCCCCACUCAACCUUACAAUUAACGGUAGAAAUGUUUAUUUAAAAUAUAUAGAUCUUUAUGCUGAAGUUCAUGGAAAAAAGAAGAAAACGAACAACUAAUUUUUGUAUUCAUAUAUAUGGACGGAAAAUUUUUCAGGAUAUUGUUUCUGCUAUGUAUACUUUAUAAGUGUUGUCUCACAAACCUUUGAAGCUUUAUUACUUACACUCUGUAUAUGAUGUUCAAUGAUAAUCUCUUUUGAAAUUGUAUUCUGUCUACUAGGUAAAACAACAUUUAAGGUUUGAUAGAUUCAUUAUACCUUUUACUUAGCCAUACUGCAGUGUUUAAGACAGUCACGAUGGGCUUGCCUGAUCUUCCUAUGUAAAUGUCUUCGUAGGUGUAGUUAAAUCUAGGAUAUCUAUUCAUUACUCACAACGUCUGUAUACAGUAGGACGUAAAUAGAAUAUAUAAUCUUGAUGACAAAGAAAAGCUUGGUAUUAUUAUUAUUAUUAUUGUUAUUAGUUUAGGUGUAAAUAGUUUAAUAAUUACAUUCCCUUUGAAAACAUGUGGACUAUUAAAUUUUCUUACUCAUGUCAAACCGCUUCCUAAUGUAACUUUCGUUGUUGCAGCCUUCAAAAAUCUUUACUUACUUACACGUGUUACCUCUCGUGGAGGUGCAUAUGCCGCUCACCAGCAUUCUCCAUCCAACUCUGUCCUGGAAAAUCCUUUCUAUUUGCUGUUCGUUCUUUUGAUGUCUGCUUCCAAUUCUCGGCGCAGCGUUCUUUGACCUUCCUCUUUUCCGUUUCCCUUCAGGAUUCCAAGUUGGAGCUUAUCUUGUGAUGCAGUUUGAUUAUUUCUUCAAUAUGUGUCCUAUCCACUCCCAUCGUCUUUUCCUUAUUUCCUCCUCAACUGGAGGCUUGUUUUGUUCUCUCACAGUAGGCUGUUGCUGAUGGCAUCUUGUGUAGAUAAUUGUUUAUAAAUACUUGUACUUUUUGAUGAUGUUUGUGGUAGUUCUCGAAUUUCCAGCUCCGUUAGGUAGAACUGUCUUGACGUUCGUAUUGAAGAUUGCGACUUAGGUAUUGGUUGACAGUUGUCUUGAGUUCCAUAUGUUCUUCAACUAUAGGAAUGCCGUCCUUGCUUUGCCAAUCCUUACCUUCACACCUGCAUCAGAUCCUCCUUGUUAAUCAGUGUUGCUCCACAGAUAUCUAAAAGCCUCCACCUGUUUCAGAGCUUCUCCAUCAAGGUGUUCUCCGUGUUGUAUUUGAGGAUCCUGCUUUUCCCCUUGUGUAUGUUGAAGCCUACUGACGCAGAAGCUGCUGCUACACUAGUUGUUUUGAUUUGCAUUUGUUAAUGUAUAUGGGAUAGAAGGCUACUUCAUCUGUGAAGUCUAAAUCGUCUAGACGCAUUCAAGCUGUCCAUUGUAUUGCGUGUGGUCUGUGUGUGCUGCUUCUAUGUCCGGUGGAUUCAAUGGAACUGGCCUAUUCAAGAGUGCUUCAAAGUGCUUCACACAUCUGCUCCCCUGUCCUUGAAUCUCAAUGAUUGUCCUGCCUUUUUUAUCCUUGACCGGUCUCUCUGGUUUGCCGUAUUUCUCUGCCAGUUUCUUCAUUAUGUCAUAUAAUUGUUUGAUAUUUCUUUCUCUUUCAGGUUCUCCAAUGUCCCUGCUAGAUAUUCCACGUGUAUCUGCUUAUCGGCUCUUGUGCUUCUUCUCACUUGCUUGUUUGCUUCUGUGUAUUCAGCUUGUGUCUCGACUCUGUUCUUGUACGGUUGUCGUUAAUUGUUGUCUUCUUAUUCUUGAAUCUUGUCUAGGGUUUCGACAGAAAUACAUUCCUUAUGAUGAUGCUUCUUAUAGCGCAGAACCUCCUGAAACGUUGAUCCCUUUCCAAUUGCCCUCCAUUGUAGUUCCUUUCUCCCACUCAGUCCAUAUCGUCCCAUGAUAUCUUCAUACUCGAUGUUGACCAUUCCGAUGUUGGUGUUUGGGUCUCCCAGCGGGAUUAUCAGAUCCUUACCUGUGCAUUUCGCUAAGAUCAAUCGCAGCGUCUCGUAGAACUGGUCAUUGCCAUUGCCAUCAUUGGUGGAUGCGUAACACUGGGUAGCAUUCAUUGUGAUUUGCUUCUUCUUUAUUUUGAAGGAUGCUUUGAUAAUCGUGUAUCCAUGAAAUCACCAUCACAGCAAUUUCCUAAGUGUGUGAAGCGUUUUCUUCAUGACCAGAGUACGACAGCAUCUCUUGCGAAUCUAAUAUUUUUUUCCCAGCUUGGAUCAAAUGGGUUUCUCUGAUUCCGAGUACUGCCAAGUUGUAUCUCCUCAUUUCCGUUGCUAUUUGACUAGUCUUUCCGCUCUCCCACAUUGUCCGAACGUUCCGUGUACCUAUGAUAAUUGUUGCUCUGGUUGUUAAAAAAAGAAUAGGCCUCGUGAUUUCCGAAGAAUCUCGGCUUUCAUCAUGAGACGUCAUGAUUCUUCUUUCAACUUCCAGGACAGAGUUUAAAUGAUUUAAUCUGUUUAUUCUGGUUAGCGUUUUUAGCAAAGUUUUCUACGGAAUGGGGUUGCCAACCCCACAUCCAACACUCCUCUUUUACCUGGGCUUGGGACUGACAGUAGAUUUGGAAGAGCUACAGGCGAGGUUUCAAAAAGUUUUAUUGAGUAACUUCCCGUACAGGUGUUAUGUUGAUAUCAUCGCCCUUUAGUGAAUACCUUCCAAGCAUAUAUUUCUGUACCGAAAUAUUGAACAGUAAAUGAGAUUCUUACAAUAUAAACAGUUUACUUGUUGUAAUUUAAGUGGUUCAUUCAACAAAUAAGUAUAGCUUUCUAUACUGUUGAUCUCUAUUAAAGGAACUCCCCAUUAUUGUUUCUUUUACUUUGACUCGCUCAUUUUUUCUCGGGACAGUUAAAAUGGGAAUAAAUCAGUUCGUUGGGUUUACACGUCUGAUCCUUUUUUUAAUAGUCGGUGUUGUACCGUAUUGCACGAAUGACGGGUGCUGAUAUCUUGGAUUCGAUUGAUCGGUUAAUGAGCAAUCCUUCAAGAAAAUCAGAUAAUAAUACUCAAAAGUCAACAACACGUCUUGGUGUUUGUAAUCAUUUUGAAGUUAGACAAUUACAUUUACCAGAUAAUUCCACGAAAUUUCUUACUUUCAUCAAAAAUAAUUCUACCGAAACUGGUUUGGCGCUUGAUUCUAAUCCUAUCCGGUAUAUCACUCAUGAAGCGACUGUUAUUCUACGAGAUAAUGAUCUUGCUUCACUUAUCCGUGCAAAACGUUGUUUUCUUUUCACAUUACGCUUGUGCUAUAAUGCACAGUUAGAAUUGGCUUAUUCAAACAAUGAUCAUAUUUUUCAUCUUCCUCAUUUGUUACUGAAUACGGAUACGUAUUCAAGAUCACGUGUACAAUCACUAAAUAAAAUAUAUUUACAAAACGAUGCCGAAUAUUCAUCGCUUUCUUCUCCAGUGUCGAGAAAAAAAGCGUUAUCCGACCCCAAUGGUUUAGUUAUUUCUAUUUCCUCUACGACCGAACAAACAUCUAUAUCAAACGAUGAAGAUGACAAAUAUCUCUGCUCUGAUUUAGCGAUAUAUCUUCAAGGACGUCUAUUAUCUGUCUCACCAAGUGUUGAAUUUCGCUUACCCUAUUUAGCAUCUAGAGAAGGCCAGUUAUCUUAUUUAUACCCAUAUUAUACUUACGUAAUUGACUGGACGUUAGGACGUAGACUGAAUGAUUUGAUGAAACGGAAAGAAAAAAUUUUAAAUAGUGAAUUGACAGCAUUAAAAUAUUACAUGAUGAGUGCUAAAUUACAUAAUCAUCCAUCAAAACAUAUUUCAAGUAACGAUUCAUCUCAUCCUUUCACAAAGUGUAAUUUGGAAAUUUUUUCAUCGCCUACUUUACAUAAUUCAAAAUUAAAUCGUCUUUUACCAUAUUUUCUUAGUGAUAACAGUGACAAUAAUGAUAGUUUUAGAAAAAAUAAUUUUGCAAUGGAUGGAUUAAUUAUCUCUGAGACAUUAACAUCAUCUGAUGAAGCCUUGUAUACUGAUUAUAAAGCUAGGGGUUUUAUGAACAAUAAUAAUAAACAGAACGUUGAAAGUUCUCGUUCAUUUCCACGUCUUUGGGCUGGUAUGAACAGUAUUUUAUCUGGUCAUUGGAAUUCUUUAUUUAAUACAAGACAUUUGAAAUCAUUUAAAUCAGGUCCUACAAAAACAUCAACUACAACUACUGGUUUUACACCCACUUCUAAUGUGCAGCUUAUCUCGGAAUCUGAAAGUGUAAAACGUCUAAGAAGAAGCAUUCUAGAUCCACGUUCAUAUCAAUCUUUGAGUUUUCUUGCAAUAUUAUUUACAACAAAAUGUAUUAUGCGACCAGAACCAUGUGUUCCACCUUUGAUAGCUACAGUGGAAUUUUACGGUUCAAAUGAUUUGCCGUUAGGAUUAUUUUUGGAGAAAUUUUGUUUCAUGCAACAACAUUGCCGUAAUCCACUUUGUAAUGUAGUAAUGGCUGAUCAUAUUCAAAGAUUUAUUCAAACUUCAGGAUCAGUACAACUUAUGAUUCGUAAAUUGAUUCAAGAUCCACCUCGAUCAGAAGUCUUAUCAGAUAUACCAAAUCUAGGUAGUAAUGAUGCAAAAUAUCGUCGUCAUUGUCGUAUACAAAUGUGGUUAUUCUGUCCAAUAUGUCGUAUUAAUUCACCUAUUAAACAUAUGUCUGCUGAUACUUGGCAUUUGUCUUUUGUAAAAUUUCUUGAUUUAAUAAUAAAUAGUUCUGAUAAUUGGGCUUAUUGUGGUCUAUUCAAUAAAAACUCGGAUGAUACAGUCAAUGAGGUGAACACAACUGAUGCGUCUAAUGAACCAUCACUUAAUUCAGUAAGACAUGGAAUCGACAGUCAAACUAUGAGUCCAAUAUUACAAUUCCAGUGCCCACAUUCUGUUUAUAAAUCUUUAGAACAUUGCUUUGCUUUUGAUCGGAAAUUAGCUAUUUUUAAAUAUCAACCGGUUAAUGUUUAUGAGAUUGUUAUGCCUCCAAAUGAGAUUCGUGUUUUCCCGGUGAAAGUCAAUAAUUCGAAGUCGGAAAGUACCCGCAUGUUAACUAUGAAAAAACCAACUGCUGCAAGUCACAUGAACACAAAUGAUUUGGAAGAUGGUUACUGCACGGAUAGUACAGACCAUACUACCGCUACUGCUACUAAGUCUCAUAGUCAGUCAAAUCAUCACAAAGUUACUAACCUGCAGAAAACAUCUCACUUACCAACUUAUCUGUACUCUGAAGCUUCCGACGUUUUAACAAAGUAUUACACUAUAAAUACUGUAAUUAAAUGUCAUAUUGCCAAUCAACAAAAUGAGAAAAUAUCUUGCGAACUGUCCGCUAUGCUCGAGGCCUAUCUAAAAGUUCUUGAAUGUGAUUCCACUCGUAUACUAAUGGAUGAAAGAUCAGAAAUUUUGGAUUUCAUUCUACAUCCGAGUGACAGCAGUCAAAAGGAAAGGUUUUCUAAUAAACAGUAUGUUGAAGACAUACCAGCGGGUAUAUCACAUAGUCUAGGCCCUCUUGCAAAGCCUGUAGAAGAUGAUUCUGAAUCAAAUACUGUAGAAAAUGAAAAAAUAUCCACACCUGAUAAGCAAACAAUAACUACGGAUGAAAAAAUCUUUUGUACGACUACAAUCCAGUCACGUGUUCGUACUCAUUCAAAUAGCAUUUCAAGUGUUCAUAAUGGCUCCAGUGAAACUGCUGAACAAAGAUGUGAUAUUUCACAAAAUGAAACCAAAUGUCAUAAUUGGUUCAAACUAAUCUCUAGUUUAAACAGUGUUGAACAGGCCUUAAUUGUACAAAGAUUAAUUAAUGAAUUGAAACGUUGGAUGUAUCGAUUUAUUUCGGAUUGGAAUUUCAGAUUUAAUGAAUAUGAAUUAUUAAUGAAACGAAUUGAAAAAAAUAUACGCGACAAACGGAAAAAGCCGACAUUGUCGUAUAUUUCUACAACAGUUGCUAAUUCGUCUCUUCACCCAUCACCGAAUCUUCUUUCUCCUUCAGUUCCUUCUCAAGUAACGGUUACAACUUCCGUAUCACUACCACCACCACCAACAACACCAUUACCCGUUAGUAGUAUCACAACUAGUUCAAAGAGUGCAAACAAUCUGCUAGAUUCUACAAAAUCAUUUGAACACAAUGAUAUGAUUACAAAUCUGUCUUCUUCCAAUCUACCCAUCGAAGUAUCAACAUCUCAAACUGUUUACUUUAAUUCUAUAGAUCAAAAUACGGACAAAUUUUUAACUGGAAUUGAUUUAAGUAAUAACAUUUCAGUUAAUUCAAAAACACCAUUAAAUAAUGUGUUAACAGUCAGUCAACCAGAACUUCUAGUUCACUCCAUAAAAAAAGACAGUGAAAUGUACAAGUCUAUUGAAAACACCUCAAGACUUGAUUCUUUUAAGUCUGGUUUCAAUUCAUUUCAUGAUAGCAUUAACCAUGAUUCAAGCCAACAUACAGAAGAUAAUUAUGUUUCUGAUUUGUCUAAGAAUUUACCUAUCUUGGAUCCUUUAAAUUUAAAAGGUAUUUCUCUGUUUCGUGUUUAAUUCUUGAUCUGGUGAAAAUACAUCAUAUUGACGACCUUAAACAGUUUUGAGACAGAUUUCAGGGUUCGUGUCUAUUUAUGGGCCAAUCAGAAUGCACGUGAUACUGAUGAAUAAGUCAUUGCAGAAAACCAAAAAGGGUUAGGUUUUAGUGUUAGGGUUAUCGUAGGAAAUUCAGAAAUCUUGCAACAUUACACACUUCUCAACUCUGUUUACUUUCUUUUAGUUUUUCCGUAAAAAGCUGUGCACUUUGUAAAUAUUAUUUUAAUAGUUAUUCAAGUUUGUUCGUAUUGUUUAUUCUUGCCGUGUUUAUGCUAUUUAAACCUUUUGAUAGAUAAAAACUAGUAAGUUUACUUGGAUAUGAAUGAUUUACAAGCUAUCUGGCAUCCCAUUUUGAAUCUUGGACAAAAGCCAAAGAGCUACUAUUUUAAAUGUGAUUGGUUUGUCCGUAUGAUAUACUGUGACCAUUGUUUUUGUCUUAUAUACUGUAUAAUUCAGCGUUGACUUAUAAAUACAAUAUAACAAGUUAUUCAUCUGUAGAUAGAUGAUGAGAAACUGUUGUUAAAAUUAUAUUAUUGGACAGUAAUAUUUACUGGAUAAAUAAUUAUUAUGUGUUUUUCCGUACGAUUUUUAAUCGUAUUCUCAUUGCCAUGUAACGUACAUACUUUUAACAUACUCUUGGAUGAGAAUUAUUUUGCUUAUAAGGUAUUCUUUUGUCUACUGUCAUCAAAUUGAAGCUUAAUCAUACGAAUUUUUUUUAUGCUUAAUAGUUCGCUUGACUGAAAACAAAAUCCCAUGACCUUUAAUGCAAAUAAUUCUGUACACAUUAUUAAAUGUUUGCCAUCACUACACUCUUCUUUUAAUUGAUAAUAUUGUAUUUAACUUAGCUGAGCGUGCAAAUCAUCCCUGUAAUCAACUUUCGGUAAUAUCAGAAAAAAUAAUCUUUCUGUGAUAAUACCGUUAUGUUUCAUAAUAAUCUUAACCUAUAUGCAUAUUUCAGCUGUUUACCAACGAUGUGGUCCGGAAAUCUUUAAUGCUGAAUCCUCUUCUCAAAAUCAAUCGAACAAAACUGAAUCUUCAACUCAUCCUAUCCAAAACGAAAUCUCAAUUACGAAUAAUUCUUCCUCUUCUGGUGUGCGUCGCUUUAUUCAUAACUUUUUACCAUCAGCUAUGGAUUUAAAAGUAUUUGGCGAACCGGUCCCACCUCACGAACAUCCUCAACUGACCAUAUGUGAUGAAAGUUGCAUUAACAUUUUAAAACGUAUUGAAACUACUCUCAAUAAAUCAAAUGAAAUCAAAAUGAACAGUUGUGAUUAUAGUCGACUGUCUGAGUCUCUCUGUCAAUUAUUGCUUGCACAUCCAGAUGUUUAUGUUAAUGAUCGAGAAUUUACUUCAAUUAUAGCUUUUGCUUUGACUACACGAGAAUACGAAAGAAAGUUAGUGGAUUUACAUUUUACCCUUCAAGGCUCACUGCAGCACAGUUCUGAUGUUCAGCUAGGUCAAGCUGCUCUUUCUAAUUUUAAGGAUAAUGAGUCAGCUGUUACAACCGAGAAUAUAUCUGGUGCAAAAUGUAUUGGUGAAAAAGAAAGACUAAACAUUCUAUAUGAUGACACUUCCCUAUCGAAUCCAAAUGAUGAUGGUUCUUCUAAAAAGUCAGAAACAUCACAAGAAUGUAAUAGAAUACCAUCUUCACCAAAUGUAAGUGCAUUGCGUGAUCAAAAACCGCCUACACAUACUCAUAAUAUAUCUGCCAGUUCUCAUACUACUUCAUUAUCAACAUCUACAACUGACAAAUCCAAUGGGUCUCGAAGUCGUCAUAUUAAAAUACGUAAGUUGUUCUAUAAGUUUUGGAAAUAAUGCAAAUAAAUUAUUGAAUAUUUAAAAAAGUGUGAGUGAAGAAUAUUCUCUCUAUUAUAUCUAGAACUUGGAUGUUUUGCUAUACCGUAUACAACUUGAGCCGUCUCCACACUUUCUAAUUAAUUCUCCCUUGGUUUCCUAGUCAUACCUGGGUAUUGAUUAUUGGAAAGAAUCACCAAGUUCAUGUUGAGUACAUAAUUUAAAAUUAUACAUGAUAGUUUCUAAGAUCGUAAUUAUGAUAAAAGAUAAUUAAUUAAGCAAUCCAUUAUUUAAUUGAAGAGAAGAAUUAGAAACAACGCAGCGAAAAACAUUUUCUUCUCAACCAUACCAUUUAAUAAAUCUACAAUCGUAUAGUGAUUUCACAAAUAUAUUAGUCUAUAGAAGAAAAGAAAGAGAUUGCACCAAAAAAUGUUCGGAAAUUGCAAGUUUCACAAGGAGGUUGCGUAAUGACCAAGAGACUAGAGAAGAAUGGGAGGAUAUAAAUAAUUUACGGAUCAGAAAUAUUAGACAUAAUUGUUCUCCUUAACAGAUAUGAAGCAAUGAAAAACGUGGAACUACCAAUAAUAGCUGAAUAAUAAUUCUAAAAAAUCGGAAUAGGUUAAUAUUAGCUGACUUCUGAUCAAAAAGCAGACUCUGAAGGGAGUUCGAGUUAUGGGAGAAUAGGAGACUUCAAAGUAUCAAGUACAAACGCAUUGAAACUGGUUGAUCUAAUAAUUCAAACAUCAUUAAAUUCCCUGGUACGCCGAGCAUGCUCGCAUAGCCUCGCGUAUACGGCUACUACCAGGAAAGUCAUACUGCCUUCUCGCCGCGGCGGAGUGUUUACGAAAUUGAGAGGACGUAAAGCGAUUGUCGCGCUACUUAUCUGGACUCUGACCAACCAUUGUUUGCACUUAUCUUAUUUUACGUUUCAACGACCAACAGACUCAUCGUCCUAAACGAGUCGAUGUCAGCUAAUCGGUUUCGGCUGUUGUUGCAACUAAAUAUCAAAGCGAGCUAGGUUCAUGGCUAGCUACCAUCCCACCGAAAGUUAUAUAUAAGCAUUGGUUGCAAUUGCAUGACGUCAUGAAAGUGGCGAGUAAAGUCACUUGUGGCUUCGCGAAAAGUGUCUCUUACAAGUAGUGGGUUUCUACAGGCUUCUUACAACUCAUAUGUCUACUAUGAUUAAUUGCGAUUUUAACAAUAAACGAAGAUUGUCACGUAAUGAAAUUGUGCAAAGUCUGCGUAAGGACCGAGAAGCCUGUUGAUCGUGGCGUGCUAAGGAGUUGGAAACAGUAGCUGCUUCUGACACCAACAGGAGGUUUUAUCAACUCAUUUGAGUCACUGGCAGCAAGAAGUCGUGUGAGUGAAACGAUAUGUGAAGCUGAUGUGAUGCCAACCAAUGAUAUCUACCGACGUCUUGGACGAUGGGUGGAGUUUUUCAAUUAACAGUUCAACUGGUUUGUUGCUUUGGAGACAUCGAUCAAACUAUCCCGUCCUCUAUGGACUGUGAUGACUAACCCACCUAACGAGGUAGAAGUUUGCAAGGAACUUCAAAUCCAGCAGCCCUGCAAAUCGCCAGGCCUAGAUGACCUAUCUCCGAUCUUUAUCAAAGACAGUGGCGACCUUCCGGUUAAGGUAAUCAUUUAGUUGUUUUUAGGCUUCUAGCAGUUAGACAGUGUUCCAACGUCGUGGAAUGAGCCCAUAGUUGUCCUUAUCCUGAAAAAUGCGAUAACUAUUGAGGGAUAACCCUGUUUCUGGUUGCAUCCAAAUUAUUAUCUUCAGUCAUGCUUUGCAGAUUGCCCAAGACCUGGAAAAAAUUAACGUGGGGGAGGUUGGUUUACGUUCUGAUCGGGGAUGUGUUUAUCAUAUCUUCACCCUCGGUCAAAUGUUAGAACCCUAUUCCUACCCUAGUCAUCUCUUACUCCGUUGUCCCAAAAUACACGAGCAAUGUUUCGAAGACGUCCGUGACCGAAUACUAGUAACUCACGAAUAUCCUCUAUUCUUAAUUGCCAUGCUCCACAUCCAUAAUGUGAAACGAAGCGAACUGUUGCGCAGUAAACUCAUCCUUUGGUCGGAAGACGGAUUUCCCACCUGCACCACAAGUGAAGCAAGUUGGCAAAGCUAGUCAAACCUUCUGAAUUCGUGAUGAGGUUUCCUCAGACACGAGACCAUCAGGGAUGAUCCAGUCAUUAAUUUAGGCGAUGACGCCAACCAAUCCUGAAGUAAAGUUUUACUUUUUGAGAGAGAUAAUCGCAUCCAAAAAAUGCUUGCAUUGUCGCUUAAAAUGAUCAGAAGACUGAAUUUUAUAAGCAUAUUCAUCAAACAGAACUAUAUCAUCUGCGUAUUCUAAGUCGACAAAUGAAUCUCUCGAUAGAUCAGUCCCUGAAAAGUCAUACGAGGAAAGUGUUAUUGCUAAUGCAUAUCUAUGACAAAGUUAUAUAGAAAUGGAGAAAACUGACAGUCUUGAGGGACACCAUUUGAAGUGACUGAUUCCGAUGACGGUUUGCCAUAAUCUCUGACUCGAACAUUAGUUUUCGAGUAGAGAGGCUGUACAAUGUUAGUAUACUACUUCUGUACACCUUUCAGUGACAGACUGCCACAAAACCCUACGAUCAACGGAGUCGAACGCUGCCGUAAUGUCAGGGAAUACAACCAUAAUUAAACGUUGAUAGUAUGUCGACGUCCGAGAAUCUGCUGAAAGACGAAUAUUUAGUUUAUACAUCCACGUCCAACUUCGAUACCAGCCUGGUUUUCUCGGAUUUGCUCUUCACCAGCUUCAGCUAGACGUCAAAAUAUUUUUGAGGUUAACAUUUUAGGUGAUUGUCACAAGAGGAUUUUUGUUGUUUCUUAUAAACUGAGACGAUCAGCUAUCGAGACUCAUCAGAUGGGAUGACGUCCGGUUACCAGAUUUUAGCUAAUAUCUCAGUUUAUCUAAUUUCUAAGACUGGACCAUCAUUCCUAAAAAUCUCAGCAUGGUAGUUCUGUUUUAUCUACUCAACGAGUAUAAAACUUAUUUCUCUUGGCAGGGAAUCGCACUUUUUUAUUGUUAUUAUUAUUGUCGUCUGAAUUUAACCAUGUACUCUUAGCAUGCAUAAGAAAUUAAAUAUGGCUUUUGUUCUCAAAUUCUAAUUCUUCAUUCUGCUGUUUAUUAUCACGAUUAUUAUUGUCCCUCCUCCACAGAGUUUUCGGAUAGUUCAACUACUUUCUUCUGUUGUGUGUACUAUGCCUCUGAAUUUUUCCGUUUACGUCAACUUAUAAUGCCUAAUGGAGAUCUGUCGUAAGAGAUAUCAUGUUUAUUUACUGUCGCUUUAUAUUUUAUUAUUAUUAUUACUAUUUUAAUUCUUCAUAUAUUCAAACUGUUCAGUUAAAGGUAUAUAAAUAUAAUUAUCAAAUGUAAAUAAAAUGAAGUACAUAUGUGUUUAGCUUGCAAUUAUUUCAAACAUAUUAAUUCAUAGCGUUUCUUUUUUGUUCAUAUUCUUUAUGUGCACGUUAUCAUCACAUUUGUAGAUGGAUUCCGUAAUAAUCGAGUAAACACUGGGCUGUCAUAGGCCGACAAAUAAUUUAUCCUUUUAUUUAAUCUUGUUAAAUAAUAACAUUGUUUGAGCUUUAGUUAAACAAGUAGUGGAAAAGAAAACAGCUAAUUAUUAAUCAUUACAGUUAUUAGUUUUUAAUGAAAAUAGCAUCUUGUUUUGUGAUAUCGAGUCAGUUACACAAGUGCCCAGUUUCCAGUUUGAUUGAUAAAAUCUGAUCAACACUAAAGUAAUAGAUGCAUGACACUGGUCAUUACUCAGUGGGUGGUCAGCCGUAAAUAUCUCAAUCCAACAGUGGAUAAGACUCUGUCUAAAUAGCUCAGUAAUAGUAUCUUAGACUGUGAAAACGACUGAUGCAGUUUCAAGUCCCAGGCUGAAUAUCAUUCCCGUUAAGAUUACACGUACGUUUUGCUGACAAGUGCCACUUGGUGUGAAACCUAGAUCUGUGGUUCCCCGCGGACUACUUCCUAAAAUCUAACGAAUGUUGUCCUAGAUGCUUUAGAAAAUGUUUUUACUCGUGUUUUAUGUCCAUUUUGGGUCGUUUUCGAUUGCUAUUUAUACGUUUAAUACAGAAAAAUAUCCUGUUAAUGAUGUAUUUUUAUUAUCUCGAAUGAAUCCGUUGUCAUACUCUGAUUAAUUUCAUUAUUUCAUACAACUGACGAUACAAAACAAGUAAAAAUUAAUUAUUUUGAAAAUUAAUGAAAAUCAUGAGUACCUCUGUUGUGAUUCGAACCAAAACCGUUAGACAAAUCUGAAAAACAUUUUUCUAAUUAAUAUGACCUAAUAUUCACUUCGUUUUACAGCGCUUAUCCAAAGAUGACAUCUGAAUAUAUCGCUUUUUUGACUAAGCGAAUAGAUUAUAUCGAACGUCUUUUCUCAAGUUCGGGAAUAAUUAAUCUCGCGUUUUACGUUGCAUUACUGAAAAUUAACUCGUCAGAGAAAUAUAUAUUUUAUAUAAACAGUACAUUCAAAUAAUGGAUUCCUUUCAGUCAACUGCUAGUUAUCAUGUCUUCCAUCCGAAGUCCUAUUUAUAUUACAAUCGUAUAUCUUUGGACUUUUUUAUGGUUGAUUGCUAAAUAAAUUGAUAAUGAAACUUCUUUCUUUUUUUAAUAGUUUCAUACAUUCUUUAUCACGAUGCUAUCAAUGGGAUGCACGUGGUGGUAAAUCAGGUUCCUUAUUCAUGAAAACUCGAGAUGAACGAUUUGUAAUUAAAGAACUGUCUUCAAUUGAAAUGAAAACAUUUCAUGAAAUCUCUCAGGAUUAUUUCGAUUAUGUGAUUACUGCAGCACUUGAACAACGUCUUUGUGUUUUAUCAAGAAUACUAGGCAUUUUCCAUGUUGGAUUUAAAAAUUCUACAUCAGGUGAAGCCCAUCGAUUCGAUGUACUUGUAAUGGAAAAUUUAUAUUAUGGACGUACUCAACUGGCAUAUAUUUAUGACUUGAAAGGCUCACUACGUAAACGACUGGUAGAUGAAUCCUUCAAUAAUAUCAACAAUAAUGGAGUUAAUGCAAACUCUACUACUAUGCCUACAGAUCUAGCACAAACAACUGAUGAAAGUACAACUAAUUCCGGUAUUGCAUCGUACCACUCGUUUACAUGCAAUCAGUCAACAACAGUAUCAGAUAGUGGUCUAACUUCAGAGACAACUACAGUUAAACAUAAUGUACCUGUUCUUCUAGAUCAGAAUUUACUAAAUGCUUCAAUAGAUAAUCCGUUGUAUUUAAGAGUUCAUUCAAAGAAUGCUCUUUCACAUUGUCUAAAUAUGGAUACUGCAUUUUUAGCGAAUCUAUUUAUUAUGGAUUAUUCUCUAUUAGUUGGUGUUGAUACAACAACUAAUCAACUUAUUAUUGGUCUAAUUGAUUAUCUACGUAAAUUUACACUAGAUAAACGUUUAGAAAUGAUUAUUAAACAAACAAUAACUAGUGCACAAGGUCCAAUGCCAACUAUAUUAACACCAGAUUUAUAUCGUGAACGUUUUCUUUAUCAAUUGCAUAGUUAUUUUCCAUUAUUACCGGAUCAAUGGUAUGAUAGUUUAGCUGAACAUACUGAAAAUUGGCGUGUGUCAUCAGUUCAACGUAAAUCACUAUCAGUGAAUAAGACAAAGUGAAUAUUUAAUUUUUUUUUCAUAUUUACACCAGAAACUGUGAUUAGUAAAUAAUAAAUGAAUACCAUACAUGCAUAAGAUUAACUUACUCUUACUAUUAUUAUUAUGACUAUUUAAUCCCUAUUUUCUAUUUCCAUGAUUAUAAUCAUAUAUUAUCAUUGAAGUAAACACAGUUGAUAAUGAUUUCUUUGAAUUGUAAUUUCUUGUUUUAUUUUUAGCAUUUUUCAUUCAGUUGACAAUUUGUCUUUUAUAUUAUAAUCGUCUUAUUUAUUUUUUUGGAG